CAUUCUGUUCAUGUUCCAUUGGAGAAAUAUGUGGGAUUAUCAAUUUGACAAAUCAUGAGUUCCAUGUCGAGUGUUAAACUCCUCCAUUUAUGGUGGAGAAUUGUUGUUGUUGUUCAGUUUGUGGUGGUUCAAGCUUUGGGACUGAACACGGAUGGGGUUCUCUUGUUUUCUUUCAAGAUCUUCAUUCGGGGUGAUCCUCUAAACGUGUUACAGAGCUGGAACUCAACCGACCAGACGCCAUGUUCGUGGACCGGAGUAACUUGUGGAAGACAAGACAAUGGCUACUCUCGUGUUACGGCACUGUCUCUUCGGAAUUGUCAGCUUCUUGGUUCGAUUCCGUCCGAUCUGGGCAUGAUUCAAUACCUUGAAAAUCUGGAUCUAUCCAACAAUUCCCUCAAUGGGUCUCUUCCUCUUUCCAUUUUCAACGCAACACAGCUUCGGUCUCUUGAUUUGUCUAACAACUCCAUCUCUGGUUUUUUACCGGAAACAAUUGGGCGAUUACAAUAUCUCCAGUUCCUUAACCUUUCCGAUAAUGCAUUGGCGGGGGGUUUACCUGCAACUAUCACUACUAUCCAGAACCUAACCGUUGUUUUUUUGAACAACAAUUACUUGUCUGGCAAUCUUCCAUAUGGGUUUCAAUCUCUUCAAGUUUUAGAUCUUUCUUCAAAUCUUAUCAAUGGUUCCUUGCCUCCCAACUUCGGAGGCCAAAAUCUUAGGCGCUUCAACGUUUCUUACAACAGCCUCUCCGGGGAAAUUCCUCCACAAUUCGCCGAGAAAAUCCCCGGUAAUGCUACCAUUGAUCUUUCUUUCAAUAACCUCAGAGGAGAAAUCCCGGAUUCCGUUGUUCUUAAGAAUCAAGAAUCUAAAUCUUUUUCCGGGAAUCCUGAUCUAUGCGGUGGGGCAACCAGACGUGAUUGUCCUGUUAAUCCUACUUCACCAACUUCUCCGCCGGCAAUCGCCGCCAUCCCGAGGAUGAUGGAUUCCGACAUGCCGGCAGCUAAAAGACAAGGUCAAAGCAAGCUUAAAACAGGAACAAUUGUAGGAAUUGUUGCGGGAAAUACAUCCGGAAUCGCAUUCGUGGUCAUGGUUUUCAUCUUGGUGUACAAGUUAAAGAAGAAAAAGAGAGUUGAGAGUCGGAGGAAGCAAGAAGCAAACACGGGCAAAGACAAUUGGUCUGUAACAUCUUCAACGUCGGAAUCAAAAGGGUUUUCGAGAUGGUCGUGUCUGAAAAAGAGGGGAGAGUACGAGGAAGAAUCGGACACCACCACUUCCGACACCGAAGAAGACCAAAGCCAAGACAGUGUACGGCGUCAAGAGCAAGAACAUGAGAAGAAAGGGAGACUGGUGACGGUGGACGGGAAAAAGCAGCUAGAGCUGGAGACGCUACUCAAAGCGUCGGCCUACAUCUUAGGUGCGACGGGGUCUUGCAUAAUGUACAAGGCGGUGCUGGAAAAUGGGACGUCGUUAGCGGUUCGAAGGAUCGACGAGAACAGUGUAGACCGGUUCAGGGAUUUCGAGAACCAGGUCCGGGUCAUUGCCAAGCUGGUUCACCCGAAUUUGGUAAGCAUUCGUGGGUUCUACUGGGGAGUCGAUGAAAAACUCAUUAUCUACGAUUUUGUACCAAAUGGCAGCCUCGCCAACGCUCGUUACAGAAAAGCUGGUUCUUCACCUUGUCAUCUCGGAUGGAAAUCUCGGGUAAAGAUUGCUAAAGGAGUAGCCCGUGGGCUUGCAUAUCUCCACGAGAAGAAGCACGUGCAUGGGAAUUUGAAGCCCAGUAACAUUCUGUUAGGUACCGACAUGGAACCCAAGAUUGGAGAUUUCGGGCUGGAAAGGCUGGUAACUGGUGACACCAGUUCUAAAGCAGGGAUAUCAGCCCGGUUCUUCGGUAGCAAGAGGUCGACUGCAUCCAGAGAAAGCUUCCAAGACUUAGCCGGACCUAGCCCCAGUCCGAGCCCCAGUUCACUUGGUGUAUCGCCUUACCACGCCCCGGAGUCAUUUAGGAGCUUGAAGCCUCACCCCAAAUGGGACGUGUUCGCAUUUGGGGUGAUAUUGCUCGAGCUCCUAACGGGGAAGGUCGUGGUGGUCGAUGAGUUGGGACAGGGAAAUGGGAUGGUUGUCGAAGACAAAAACAAGGCCUUGAGGAUGGCUGAUGCUGCGAUCCGCGGCGAGCUGGAAGGCAAAGAGGAUGGCUUGUUGGUUUGUUUUAAGUUGGGGUACAAUUGUGCAUCUCCAAUCCCACAAAAGAGACCCACAAUGAAAGAAGCUUUACAAUUACUUGAUAAAAUCACAUCUUCAACAUGCUACUAUGGGCACUCAAUCAUUCAAUAAAU